AUGGCUGACAUCCUGUUGGCUUGGUGGUGGCCGCUGGCCGCCUUUUGGAUCUUUCAUGUACAAAAAUUGAAUUACGAAGAAGCAGACGAGCAGCAGUACACUUGGGUGUUUCGGUCACAUUGCAGUUGCUCGUGCUCGCAGGGUUCCAGCGUUCCCCUGCUGGCUGAUCUGUUUGUUCGUGUGGUCCCGCCACCGCGAGCUUGGGGGUUGAGACUCGGCUUUCUCAUUCGCCAUUUUCAUCUUUUUCAGCUGCUCGUUUAUAUGCAGGCUCUUUAUUGUUUUUUAUUGCAUCUUGACAGCGUCUUGUUUCCGACGUCUAUGCCAGCCAGCAGUCCCACGCGAGAGCAGCCGCCAGACACUCCGCGACUUGUUCUGCACGAGAUGCACGCAGAAAGCUUUGUUUCGUCCCCCUCUCGCGGAGACGCUCCGACCACCGAACACUGA